AGUCUCCCUCUUAGCUACAAAAACUAAACCUAACUUCAUUCGCCUCCCUCCAACUCCACGGUUCGGAUCCGAGGAGUUUGGGAAACCCUAGUUUCCCCAUCGAAUCUGCUCUCAAGUUUCAAUUCUCCCUUCUCUGCUCUUUUGUCGUCUCUCUCUAUCGCUGCUGUGCCAGCGAGAAUUCAACAUUUUUCCAGUUAUGGCAGGUUUGGCUCCGGAAGGAACUCAAUUUGAUGCUCGUCAAUAUGAUGCUAAAAUGAAUGAAUUGCUUUCUGCUGAUGGACAAGACUUUUUCACCAACUAUGAUGAGGUUUAUGAUACUUUUGAUGCAAUGGGAUUACAAGAAAAUCUUUUGAGAGGCAUCUAUGCUUAUGGUUUUGAGAGGCCUUCUGCAAUCCAACAGAGGGGAAUUGUUCCUUUUUGCAAGGGUCUUGAUGUCAUUCAACAGGCUCAGUCUGGAACUGGCAAGACAGCAACAUUCUGCUCAGGAAUUUUGCAGCAACUUGAUUAUGGUUUAGUUCAGUGCCAGGCUUUGGUUUUAGCGCCAACAAGGGAGCUAGCACAGCAGAUUGAGAAGGUUAUGCGAGCUCUUGGUGAUUACCUUGGUGUUAAGGUUCACGCUUGUGUAGGUGGCACAAGUGUUCGUGAAGAUCAGCGCAUUCUCCAAGCUGGUGUUCAUGUCGUUGUUGGAACUCCUGGUCGUGUGUUUGACAUGCUGCGGAGGCAGUCACUUCAUCCAGAUUACAUAAAGAUGUUUGUUUUGGAUGAGGCUGAUGAAAUGCUUUCUCGAGGUUUCAAGGACCAGAUCUAUGACAUCUUCCAGCUACUGCCAGGCAAGAUUCAGGUCGGAGUAUUCUCUGCUACAAUGCCUCCAGAAGCUCUUGAUAUUACCAGGAAGUUCAUGAACAAGCCUGUGAGAAUCUUGGUAAAGCGCGAUGAGCUGACCCUUGAAGGUAUCAAGCAAUUUUAUGUCAAUGUUGAUAAGGAGGAGUGGAAGCUAGAGACGCUAUGUGAUCUUUAUGAAACACUGGCCAUCACCCAGAGUGUCAUUUUUGUCAACACAAGGCGCAAGGUGGACUGGCUCACUGAUAAGAUGCGAAGCAACGACCACACUGUAUCGGCGACCCACGGUGACAUGGACCAAAACACUCGGGAUAUUAUCAUGCGUGAAUUUCGAUCUGGUUCUUCUAGAGUUCUGAUCACUACUGAUCUCCUGGCUCGUGGUAUUGACGUGCAGCAAGUAUCUCUUGUCAUCAACUAUGAUCUGCCAACCCAGCCUGAAAAUUAUCUUCAUCGAAUUGGUCGGAGUGGACGAUUUGGAAGGAAAGGUGUAGCUAUAAAUUUUGUGACAUUGGAUGAUUCAAGAAUGCUGUCUGACAUUCAGAAGUUCUAUAACGUAACCAUAGAGGAGUUGCCAUCAAAUGUUGCAGAUCUGCUCUGAUGAGUUAGCAUUUUUGUUUUUUGGUUUUUAAAAGCUCUUCAGGGUUUUACUUUUUUGACUAGUAUUAUUAUCUUAAGAUUCUUUUUACACUGUUAGAGUUGAAAUUCAAGGACAUCUGACCGCAUUCUUUUAAUGAUCUCAGAAAUUUCUUAAAGCA